AUGACAAAGUCAACCUCAGACAUCUUCAUGAGCAUCAAACCAGAGCACGUGCAAAAUAUCGCCUCGGGGUCCAAGAACCACGAAUACCGCAGCUAUCUCCUCCCGUCAAGUAUCCAACACAUCUGGUUCUACACCACCAGCCCUAUCAAACGAAUCGAAUACGUCGCCCGUAUCUCUCCGGGUAAAAUCCCAGGAGAAGUUCCUGAUGAUGGAGGUAUCGGCAAUGCGGAAUUCAAUACCGGGUUGAGUGAUUCCAAGUACGGAUAUGAGAUUCUCAUGCUGUGGAGGUUGAAGAUGCCCGUUAGCUUGGAAGAGGCCAUCGUUGAGGGGUUCUUGAAGGCUGCGCCGCAGAAGUAUUGUUGGGUUUCUUUGGAUUUCUUGCGGAGAUUGUUGUUAGAUGGGCAGGAUUUGUUGUUUUCUAGGACGGUGGAUGAAGGUUAG